GUGACUUUGCCCAAUAUUUCUAUGUGCCUAUUUAUAUAUUUCAAUUCUUUAAGUAGAUUUUUAAUUUUGUAAGCGAAAAGAUGCUUAGAUUUUUGAUAGCACCACGUUCACUACGUUUUCUAAGCAGCAAAUCUUCGAGGAAUAAAAUUGAUCAGAACAACAAACUAAGCAAUAAGCCCUCAAAUACUCCACGCCCGCCAAAAGAUCCGCCCGAUGAAGGCUAUGAGCCGGGUAAGGUUGAACAUGAUAUGAUCGAAAUACCGGAGUUCAUAAAGGCAAAAGCCUACCGGCAAUUCAGUGGACCUAACGAGAUUCUUGGUCCUGGAGCGGGCCUCAACCAGGUGUACAAGAAUGGCUUUUACUUCGGCUACCAUCGUUUCAGCUUUGUGGAGCUGCAGAAUCAGGCGUUGAAGUUGCGAGACGAGCGUCGUGAAAACUGCGGUGUUCAAGCGUCAACGGAGGACAAUAUUGAGGAUGAAGAGCGUGACGAUUGCCUGGACUCGAUACAGCAACAGGAGGUCGAAUGCGAUAAACAGCUUGCCGCUCAGGCAAAGGAGAAGAAAAAGACUGAAGAGAAGAAUGUGAAUAAUGGGAACGAGUUGGCAAAUAUAUGCGAAAUAUUCAAUCAGAAAUCAAAAGUAGGAAAGUCACUUGAAUCGCACAUCGCAAAACUCUUGUCCUUUUGUGAACUUAAGCAGACGGACAAUUCCUACAAGGCAUUCGACUGCCAAGAAAUGGUCAAAGAAGCUGUGCAGAAGGCUGAGCAAAAUGCGAUCGCAAAACACUUGAAUCAAAUAAAUGAGUCAAAGAAAGCGGAUGCCAAAGAACGUGAAACGAUCACAGAUAAAGAAACUGACAAAGAUUCGGCAGAAUGUGAAAAAGAUAAAGGCGAUAAAAAUUCAUAAAUAAGUCCAUCUACCCGAGAAGAGAACCAAAAAUAUACCAAAGACACACAGCGCUACAGUAGCAGGCUGGGUGGGAGUCUUUGCUAUACUGGUACAGCGACGUCACAAACCCUUAGCUUAGACAUAAAUGCAACUGUUCUCAAACUGUGAUACACAAAUAAAUUGUGGCUAUUUGGCCCUUGACUUCAUGGCUCUUCUGC